AGGAGGAUUGGCGACCAACGUAACUUGUCCAAUAAUGGGAUGAGAUAGAGAUAUGAAAGUUGAUAUUGGCAGUGAAUAAUGUUCCUUGUAUGGAAAAUACAAGCAAAUCCGGUUGACUAGUCGUCGGAUUGAGAGAGAUGUAAUUCGAUGGCAGCAUAUUAUUCUUCUUCGAUCUGCAGUAUUCACAUUAUUCUAAAUAUUGCCAAGUUCUCCGUAAUGUUUUGUUCGAAUGUCAAAACGACAACAAGUAAAAUAUAUGUCUCAUAUUUCCAUAAUUUCAUCCAAGAAUUGGAUAAUUGGAAUGUUUUUCCAGUAAAUAUUUUCUAACGUCUUUUAUCCAGAAAUCAUAGUGUUGUUCUGUUCAUGUGAUCGUUUGAUGAACGCGAGAAAAAGUUGAUUACAGUGAAAUAGGAGCAAGCAAUGUGCUCGUGGAGUUCCUGAUUGCAAAUUAGUGCUCAAGAAGAAGACUCAAAUACUCUUGUUGAAAAUAAUGGUUGGGAGAAUCAAACGAGUGAAUUAUUAAUGACUAUUGCGAACAAUUGAACACUUGAUAUCACGUAAUGCAUCAUCAUCAUCAUCACUACCACCACCAUCAAGAGAACUGAGCUGCUUCUGUGUCGGGCUGACUGAGUGGUGUUGGAGAAAAUUUGUGGAAGAAAAAGGGCAUCAGCUCACUCAUCAUCCAUCAGUUAUCAUCACCCGUCAUCCUUCAACUCUGCUCUCUCUGCUCUCUCUCUCUCUCUCCAUACAUACAUCGAAACUAUUGCCACCUCCUCUCACAAACUGCUGCGACGACUACUACGGCACACCAUCAUCAUGGAGGACGAAAAUGGUUGGGAUGAAAAUUUGACGACCUCCAUUUACACGGACGGCAACUACUUUAAUCAGUCCUACAUGUACACGAAUGAUUCCGGGAGUCUGGACGUAAUUAAUCAUGCGGGUGUGCAGGCCCUCUUCUACGUCAUUUACACCCAAAUCUUUGUCCUUGGAAUUUUCGGAAACGUCCUCGUCUGCUAUGUCGUAGGACGAAACAAGGCGAUGCAAACGGUGACCAACUUUUUCAUCACGAAUCUCGCUCUGGCUGAUAUCCUCCUCUGCGCCCUUGCCGUGCCCUUCACCCCGUUGUACACCUUCCUCGAGGAGUGGAUCUUUGGCCGCGUGCUCUGUCACCUCGUUCCUUACGCUCAAGGUACGUCCGUCUACAUCUCGACCCUCACUCUGACCUCGAUCGCAGUGGAUCGCUUCUUCGUGAUCAUCUAUCCUUUCAAGCCCCGCAUGCGACUUACCGUAUGCCUCCUCAUCAUCACGGGGAUUUGGAUCUUUGCCCUCCUGGCUACCCUUCCGUACGGAAUUUUCCUCGAGUACAAGAUGGAAAGUGGCAAGUAUACUUGUAGCGAGGCUUGGCCCUCUCCUAAAGAACGGAACGUCUUUUCCGCCUGCACAACCAGCAUGCAGUUCAUCCUCCCCUUCAUCGUCAUCCUCUUUUGCUACAUCAAAGUCUCCAUUAAACUAGCCGAUCGGGCCAAGGCGAAACCUGGGAGCAAGAACAGUAAGAAAGAGGCCCUGGAAAGGGAACGGAAACGCAGAACGAAUCGGAUGCUUAUCGCGAUGGUGAUGAUUUUCGGAGUUUGUUGGCUCCCAAUCAAUGUCCUCAACCUUCUCAAUGACGUGUAUCCGGAUGCGGCGGCAUGGGAGUAUUACAAUUUAUGCUUCUUCAUCUCUCAUGCCAUCGCCAUGUCAUCGUGCUGUUACAACCCGUGGUUGUACGCCUGGCUGAAUGAAAAUUUCCGGAAGGAAUUCAAACAAGUUUUGCCCUGCUUUUCAUCCGCCCAACGGGCCGUGAACCGGACCAGCCGACGGUUGGUCUCAGAGAGAACGUGCAACGGGAACGACACGGUGCAGGAGACGUUGAUGCCUCCCUCCCAGCAAACGAAGGUCAUCUCGCCCUCCUCCGAACACGGGCAGCAGACUGGAUCCACCAACCUUGGAACUCUGGACACGAUUGACGAGCAGGAUUCACAGUUGCAAACGCCAGUCAUGAACGUCAAUUAUGAAAACGUGACAGCGACCUAUUAUUCCUCCACCAAUGAAGUGGAAGUGCACAUCCCGUUCGUCCAAAAUCAAAUAGACUGCUCUGGCCAACAAAGCAACGAAAACAACACUGUCAUGGCCGACUAAUUUGCCGUCUCCACUGCCCCAGGAUACUCAUCCCCAUAAACGUUCCUCCUCCUUGUUUUCCUUUCCUAAUUCUUGGGUGAAUGCAGCAGCCUGGGAAUUACUUUUAUGAGGGGGUGGUCGUAAUUCAAGGAUAACGUGAUGGUGAGUGAAUGAGCGAAUGCUACACCAUUGUUGUGUGGCUGUUCUAAAUAUACGACGUCUUUUGAUGCCGGGGUACAUGAUACGUAUUCUUCUAACUACUCAUUAUUAUCAUUAUUAUUACAAGAGUCCCUCUAUCCAUACAUCUCUCCUGCAUACUUUCUCCUGAGUCGCACCAGUCUCCUCUCGAAAGAAGAAGACUGUCAAUAUGGAAUUUGCUCACCAUUGUAGAGUGGCCAUGCUUCAUAUUGAUACCUGCUGCCUCCCAGGGUCUCUCUCUCUCUCUAUUAGUAUUUGUGGUGUAAUGUCGUGUAGAGUGGGACGUGACCCCCCGUAGAUUCUGAACAUGUAGCCACUAAGGAUGGUUGGGAGCACAAUUGUUGAACGUGGCGCGAGGAAACUCUCGAGUCAUCUCCAUCAUAAUCAUAGACUAAACUACUUACCAAAACUCACUCGUCGUACGAUGAUGCUUCUUCUUCUACGUACGUUUUUCUCCGUACAUACGUAGCUUAUUUAUUAUAUUAACUUGAACAGGGGAAAGUCACCAAGCCCACUUUUUGUCGGAUUUUGGGAGAGAAAAGUGGAUGGCUUGGCUAUGAUUACAUUAUUAUACGGAUACCGGAUAGACUUAAAAUUAAGCUGAUAGAUAAUAUUACUUCAUCACAUCGCUACUUUAGAUCAAUUUAUACCGUCACUUCUGAUGUACAUAGUUUCCAAUCGUACACACCACACACAAGUCCCAUCGACCAAACAAGGAAUUUGGUAUCUGGACCGGAUAUAUUACCGCAUGUGAUGAUUUGUUGUACCUCUCCGUCUCAGGGGGACUAUACAAACACCGCUAUGGAAUAGUUUAUGAGACUCCGUACGUCGCACACUCUUCAGCCCAUGUUGACCUAGGAGUAGCGUUGUUUCGCCAACCCCGGAGUAGGAUGUGGCGACGACGGUGCUAACACGAUGUAGUGGAUUAGAAUAAAAAGAGAUUUAUGUGGCAGCUUAUUAUACACACCAGAUACAUACACACACAAUGCAGAACGUGGUAAAAGAAAGGGGAAAAUCUGCUUCAAAAAGAAGGCAGAGAAUGAUUGGUGUCCUGACAAAAGUACCUCAAACACUUUUACUCGUCAGUCAUGAAUAUUGCAUCGUGCUGGUGAUCAUUAUCUUUAUGGUGAGUGAGUGAAUCUUAAUUUAAUACGCAUGUGCUAACUGGAACAACAGCAAGCAAAAUGUCUUGGGUAAAAAAUGUUGUGAUGUGAUUGCAUGGUGCGAAAAAAAGUAUUACUCUUAUAUUCUCGUACUCAUAUACUUGUACUUAUUGAUACUGAUGAUGCAGCGUUAUUGUAUAUGUAUUUGUAACAAAAAGAUUGAUAAACCAGAUAAAAAUAUGUAUAUAAAUUAUUAUCAACAUUUCACUUUACUCUCUCUCGUACAGUGUUGUAAUAUCAAUUUUUGCCAAGAGAGUAUGGAUAACAACAACAGGUUGUUAUCAACCAGGUUCCUAUCCGUAUACCACCAAGAAACACAAUUACCAUCUAAAUAUGUACAUACUCUCACUGGUCUCAAUGUAUUGUUGUUGUGCUUUCAUGUAAAAUAUGUACGUAGUUCUGUGUUCUGUGUAUUUAGCGAGUUUGCGUUGUUGUUCAUUGUUCUCAGAGUUUUGAGCCCACAGAGGUAAAGUAAAUGUAUGUAUAAAUUUAAAUAUGUAUGGAAAUUAUAUGUUGUUUAAUGAUGUGACCACUCUUUAUUACUUUAUAAAUCUUGUGAUGUGUGUUCUUCCAUCAUGAAUUAUGUGUAAAAACGAAAAUGAAAUAACACAAUUAGAGAGAACUACUAAAUACAAUAUAUUGGCCAAGAGAAAUUAAUAGAAUUAUUAUCAAUGUGGGUACAGAAAAUUUAAAUUUAAAUACGAUUCAUGUGUAAAAGUGGACGUUUUUAUUGAAUAAAAGAAUUUAUUACUACUAA